AUGUCUAGUCAGAUUCCGCCACUGGUUUGUCAUACGCCUCCACCGAUAGAUUUUGACACGGUUGACGACGACGAUGAAUACGGAUCGGACAUACCGGAAGACGAUGGGAUUGCGAAUGAUGAUUGUAACGAGUCCACGUGUCCUGAUGAUGAUUUUGGGGAAUUCACUACAGUACUGCCCAGGGGCACGACCGUGGAACCCAAUACUACCGAAGCUGUGAUAGAUAAUGAAACGGAGAACCUCACCAGUAUUCCGGCUUCAGCAGAAACCAAAGGCGUAUUUCCCACAAGGCUAGGCUCAGAUAGCCCUCCGUCUUUAAUAUUACCACCAAAUGAGUACACCGAAGGCGAUGGUGACGAAACAGUCGCUGAGAGAGAAGAGGAUGAAGACGAGGACAUUGAUUAUCAACCGUUCGGUUGUCCAUCACAGCCACCCGAACCACCUCCGGAGGAUAGCAUCAGUUUGCCAUCGCUGCAUUUCGACGCAGACGUUUCAAAGUCAGAAGAGGAUGAUAAUGUACCUGUCCAGCCUAAUCCCGCAAGCUCAAUGUCCGGUUCCGGAGUCCCGGAAACGGAAGUCGAUCAUCUGGCAGCAGCAGCAGCCGAACGAACUACGCCUGUGAUACAAGAAGGUGGCAGAUUCGAUGAUAACACGGAGAAUGAUUUUACCGAUUUUACCACUGCGUCGAAUGAGCGUUCGUCGGUGGUUUUAGAAAUUCCAACGGCAAACGAUGUAUCCUUUGAGUUAGACGAUUUCGCUCAGCUUGAAUCGACUCCAUCGGCAGAUAGCAACUUUGUGUCGCAACAAAGCCGUACUGAUUUUGCCACCUUUGAUGCCGAUUUUAGUAAGUUUGAUUCUUUCCAAGCAUCAUUCCCUGUAGCGUUGGACGAAGCGGCCCAAGCUAAAACACCUAUUGAUGAAUCGAAAGCCCUAGCGCCCAUUGAGCAAACUCCUGUGAAGCAGCUAACCGAACCUCAGAUCCCGGCAGAUGAUUUUGACGAUUUCCAGGAAUUUGCAACCUUCUCAGAACAACCAACGGCAACUAUUUCGUCACAACCGUCCUUAUCCGCCAACAGGAUUGAUGUGGAACCGACACUUCAAGCAUCCACUAUAGCCAUGGAUGAUGGCAAAAAAUAUGUGCUAUCCUCUACGGAAACUGCUGAUGGGGAUAGUGAAGAUGACGAUUUUGGAGAAUUUAGUGACUUCAAGCAACCAGAAACGGUCAACAACACGUUCACACCGAUAUGUUCCUUUUCUAUGGAAAAUGUGCAAAAUCUUCUGGAGCUGAUGUUUCCUUAUAAUGCAUCCGAGCCAUUGGCUACCGAUACUGGUCAACGAACGGAUGGAGAUAACAUUCCUAGCAACACGCUGCAUUCCCAGUUGCAGGAUUUCGACAAUACCUGCGCACUGACCUAUCAAUAUAGCAAGUCCUCUAGCAGCAAAACGCUCGUAACUGCCCUUGGUAUUGAUUCGCGGAAUAUUAUGCAUGGGCCUAAAUGGAACAGCUCAAUGCCCAGAUUUGCGGCAAAUCUUAGUUUCGAUCCGCUUGAACCACUUAAACCGACUGUACCGACGUCCAAAGAAGCGAGCGCCAACGUCAAUGAAAAGAAUACGAAUUUUGCAACAAUCGGUAAACCUGCUACUUUAACGUCCUCUGGGCUUGAAGCUUUGCAGACGAGCGUUGUAGCAGGUUCGUCGGUCCCGGCGGCUCAGUUCGAUUGGAACAGUUCUGGGUUGGUGAAUCCUCUGGAAGCAUCACAUGCACACACAUUAUUAUUGGACCUAGAACAGCUAGAGGUGAUGGCAAGUCUGAAAGAUAAAAUAAAUGUUGAUUCCUCCUCCUACUCCCCUGCACUCCGGUCCACGCGUAAUGUUGCUAAUACCGUGCAACUGCAUUCGCCCACAACAACGGCAACAACUGUAAUAACAUCAACAACACCUUUACUGCUACCUUCACCACCUUCACCAACUUUACCACAAUUACCACGACCACCACCAUCACCACCACUACCAACAACAACAACAACUACAAAACUAUUGAGUUCGUCAUCUCUGUUAUCAACAACAAUGAAUACGCAAACUUGCAUCCGGUUGCACAACGCAAAUGCAAUGCAUCCUCCGCAAACGCAACCUGAUUGUCUCAAACCGACGGGCUCGGCGGAUAAUACGGCCGACGGUACACUUACGGCACGGUCCAUGGAUUGUUCCACCGCGUUGUUGGUCUUCUCCGACGAAAAUGACGACGAUCGUAAUCUCUUAAUAUCCACCACCACAAUAUUGCCAUCGGCAUUGGUUAAAACGGCUGCUAACUCUGCAACAACACCACCGCUAAUCGAUUCACCAUUGGAUGAAUUCUUUCCCUUGGAUGCUUCGUGCCCUUACGGGAUCGGUAUGCAACUGAUUGGCUUUAAUGCCGAUAACGCUGUGCAAUCGAUCACGAAACCGAUCCCUUCCGAUCGUCUACAAUCAUUUGAUGAUUAUUUGGAUAUUAGUGUCCAGGAAAUGCUCCAAAAAGCCACUGUUGGUCAGCCCGAGGAUGGGCCAAAGGGCGAAGUUUUGGAUUCGCAAAUCUCAGAAAACCCAAGCCCGAUUGCUGCAGAUGACAUAGCAGUAGUAAGAUCGUCCAUUGUAACACCCUCUGCAGUGCCCUCACGCGUGCUGGAAGAUGAAGACGUCGGUUCCUUAGAUUUCGCCUCCGGUAACAGUAGUAUUAUUCCGGAUGCUGCCGUUCUCCCAUCUACGAUUCCAGAGCAUCAACAGCAGCAAGUAGGACCGACACAGUCACAUCCUUACGCUUCACACCAGCAGACGCAACACCCGCAGCAGCAACAGCAGCAGCUAUCUAUGUCAAUUUCCUCCUCCCCCAACAGUGUACCGGUGGUGCGGACGAUAAAACUUCCGGAGACUCAUAUCUUUACCCCUAGUAGGGGUGUGACUCCGGUCUCGCGUGACAUUACUGAUCGUGAUAUUGUUGUGCGGGAAUAUCACGACGUCGAGUAUAGCUUGGAAAAAUCGAGAGGUGCGGCCGCAAGUAAAUCAGACCCGGAUCUAGAAGAAUUUAACGAUUUUCAGUCAGUGUUCGAUCAUCCUUCGGUUGCUCCUGCGUCGUCGGUUGCCAUAGAUUCCCACAGUUCGAUUAGGCCUGUGAUCGGUCGUUCGCCAACGGAGGAGCUUGAGCAACGCAUGCAAGAUGGUCUCGGACACGCAAGCAACGGAAGAACCGUCGAGUGCGUAGACACGAAUGAGGAUGAUGACUUUUCGGAUUUUCAAGCAGCGAUUCCUUCGGCAACGGUGGUCCAACCGGUGAAUAAGCCUGUUUCGAAUGUUCAAAAUAACCGAUCGAACACCAACUCACCGGUGAUGUUACUCAGCCCGGCAAUAUUGCUGCCACAACAAGCCAACGCUCCGAUGGAAAAAGAUUCGCCGACAAGCUGUAAAAACGCUCCGGCUGCACUAAUCAACUGGCCCGAGCCAGGAAUUGAUCCCGAUGAGAUGGCUCGGUUUGAGGCGGCAUUUGCAAAACCUGCCGCUCAGAGUUCGUCGCCUGCAACAACGAUUGCAGCUAGCAACCAAAGCGUACAGGUCGUCUCGAAGGCUCCCGCCGUCGAAGAAGAUGAAUGGACGGAUUUCAUAUCUUCCAAACCUGUGGCGGUAAAUGAAGCUAGCAUUCCACCGGCAGGAUCGACGCAAGCAGCACCAGAAUCGGUCUCGGGAACGCAGGAAGAGUGGACAGAUUUCAUUUCCAGCAGCUCCACGUCGGGUGCAUCUGGUGGCUUUACAUCACAUCACAAUCGCCUCUCGUCUAGUCAGAACAAUUUCAACUUUCCAGGGGCACCUUCUGCGGGAAGAGGAUACAGCAGUAGCGGAACAAAGGCCCCAUCCACGUGGUCCAAUCAACCCCAGAUGCCACCGCCGCAGUUCAACUCGUGGAACAGCAACAGCCUUUACUAUAAUCCGAUGGCCGCGCUGCCAUUGACGGCCCAACGGCCCUCGGCACAAUACGUGCCGCCUCGCCAGCAGCAUUUCUACAACCGCUCGGAAAUCCCCGUCACGGCCUUCGCCAGUGGUGCAGGCUUCAGCGGAGUGCCCAAAGUGCCAACUAAUCCUCAACAUCACCACGCAUCGGCAGGUCCUGGGGGUGGUCCGAUGAUGAUGGGACAGCAGCCGGCGAUGCAGCUACUACCGGAGCUGUCCUUCAUCACACCGAACGUAGCCGGGCACGGUGGUGGUACGCCCGGUGCCAAACCAGCGACACAUUCCUUUCUCAGCAACGUGAUAUCGAGCAACACUUUUACAAAGAAAUGAUUGUUACUGAACCACGGUUACGAUGGAAGCCGUGCCGGAGGUGACAGAGGCGGAAGUGGUUUGGGAGCGCUUAAGGAUCGCCAGGAACGGACCACAAAUCCCCUGCGUCGCUUUCGCCUGCAUCCUAACGGCGACAAUGGGGUCGACUCGACCGGUACAACCGUAACUGUGGGGGAUAUAAUAAUGUAAAUAGAGUGCAGCAUCCACUAUGGCCACUGCGUCCGUCAUCUAGACACCCUACUGCUGCUGGAUCGUUCUUCGUUUUUAGCUAGUGAGAAUAUUUAUUGGAUACUCCUGCGAAAUACCGCAGGUGGUAAGGUGGUAGAGAAUCGAGAAUCACGCAGCGUGCGUACCAUUUGCUGUCGUAUUAGCCAAAAAACAAACAAACAAACAAUCCCUUAUUCUCUCCCCCCAUCGUUCCACGUGUUGAGCUUAUGAUGUGAUCUUUCUUGGAAACCGAACGCGAACACGAUAACUGUUCUUGUUCUUCGUUUGCUUCCGUGGAAUCGAAACCCGCAGCAAAAUGACAUGAACUUACCGUUACAGAACACUUAACCGCCGGCAUGGUACUUAAUAGCAAUUCACAGCAGAUAUGUUCAACUUUUAGGACCAGACUUUAGCUUGUAUGUUUUAUUUAUCUUCUACAAUUUUAGAUGUUAAA